AACGAAGAGAACAUAACGAAAUGCAACUCAGUCCGCUUCGAACUUCGAAGUCGUUUCGCUGAAAGAACACGGGUACAACUUUUUUCCGUCCGAUAUCGGAUCCGGCUAAUAAAAUUAAAAACACACCAAAGAAGAAUUCAACAAAACAAAAAACAACAACAAAAUAAAAGACAAUUGAACCUUAGUCCACAUCCACAUCGAGACCCAGACUCCAGGGAGAAAACACAUUUUUCGUUUCGGAUUAAUUUUCUCAAAAAGUUUUAGCUACUCAGGAUUUAGGAUUUUCCUAUAAGGACAAAACAAAAUCAAAAUCAACCUCUGUUACUGGAUAAAGCAUACACAUACAAGAAGCUGCAUUAUGUCUGAUCUCACCACAAAGCUACCAUCAUUCGAAGAAAUACUAAGUAUUGCCAAAGAAACGUACAACUCGAGUUUUGGCAAGGCUCCGGAGAUCUCCUGCUGUGCACCAGGACGUGUUAAUUUGAUUGGCGAACAUGUUGAUUAUAACGAUGGAUUCGUUUUGCCUAUGGCACUUCCUAUGGUGACUGUAAUUGUUGGAGGCCGCAACGCUAACAAAGAUGAGGCUGACAUUAUUACAUGCUGUGCUGGUGCCGAUGCUCCAAAAAGAAUUCAGAUUAAUUUGAAAAAUGUACAAUCUGGAAACCCAAAAUGGGCAAACUAUGUUAAAGGAGUUAUUCAUUGCUUUGGCCAUUCAGUUCCUGGUUUCAAUGCAGUAAUUGUGAGCAAUGUACCCAUGGGCGGUGGUUUGUCAAGCAGUGCAGCACUGGAGGUUGCAACACUUACAUUCCUAGAACAACUUACUGGCAAGUUGGCCGAAAGCAAUUCUAGAAGAGCACUGAUAUGCCAGGAUGCUGAACAUAAGUUCGUGGGUAUGCCAUGUGGAAUAAUGGAUCAGAUGAUAUCCGUUGCCGGAAAAAAGGAUCAUGCAUUGCUUAUCGAUUGCAGGUCUCUGGAAACUUUCCAAAUUCCCUUUUUAGCCAAGGAUCUGGUGGUUUUAAUUUGCAAUUCAAAUGUGCGGCAUGAGUUAUCCGACAGUGAAUAUCCAACGAGGCGAAAACAAUGCACAGAGGCACUCCGGUUAAUGGAUCUCAAGAGUUAUAGAGAUGCAACAGAAGGCAACUUGUCAGCCUUGGAUGGAGCCGAGGAUGUGCUAUUGAAAAGAGCCAGACACGUCAUUACGGAAAUUAAGCGCACACAACUGGCUUGCGAGGCUAUGCGGGACUGCAAUUUCCAAAAGAUGGGUAAACUAAUGACUCAGUCUCAUGUGUCACUACGUGACGACUUUGAAGUGUCGUGCAAAGAACUUGAUGUCCUUGUGGAUUCAGCCAUUAAUUGUGUCGGCGUUCUGGGAUCACGUAUGACUGGUGGUGGAUUUGGUGGCUGUACAGUGACACUAGUUGGUCAAAGUUCAGUUCAGAAUGUGAUCGCAAGGAUGCGAGAAAAUUUCAACGAAAAAUUCAAUAAUGCCGGACAGAAUCUGGAAUUUUACAUCUGUACUCCCAGCGAUGGAACUAGGAGAAUUUAAUUUUGAAUUGAAUCCAUGAAGUGCGCACCAACAACCCCUAGCACCAACAACCCCUAGCCCCAACAACCCCAACAGCAUCACCAUCGGCAUCAACAUCGCAUCACAUUGCCAACAGCAUCGCAUCGUUCAUCGUACUCUCUGUAUAUGUGGAUUGGACUUUUCUGCAGCAGGGAUUGUGAUACAAAACUUUCCUCACCAUAUCGACGCCGACGAGGACCAACGACGACGUGAUGAAGGGAUAAUUUAUUUUGAAAAGUCCAUGACUCUAGUGUUGUGGUUUUUGUUUUUUGAUUUUUUGUUUUGUGUUGUUGAUAUGAUUGUCGAAUUGUGUUUAAUAUGAAAUGCGAACUUUUAUUUUUCGUAAGUGUACACCAACGUUUUCUAUUCUGAUUCUAUUUGUUUCUAUAAAUCAAUAAAUAACUUUAUAAUAUCAGGUA